AGGUUACAUUACAGUGAUGCCUCACUUUGCUCACACUAGUUGACUUGCACCUCAGGCAAUGAAAGGUGGAGUUCCUUCAUGCUGCCUCUUGCCUAUUGCGACAUUGAAUUAGCUACAUGUUUUUGACAAAGAUGGUAUACAGUAACCUGAAGUCUUCAUUUCUUAGGGCCAAGUUUCAAUAGGGUUCUUCAGCCAGAUUAAGUGAUUGACCAUGAAUUCAGGCACUUGUAGUUUAUGCUGAAGAGAAGCAAUCAAACUUUGCUCAAUUUUGCAAUGUUGCCCUUCUUUAUCUGUUGGGUGUAAUUAAGGCCUUGAACUUUUCAAUUAUGAAAGUUAUUAUGUUUUUAGUUUUAUAUGGUUGCAAUAUGAUAUAGGUGAUAGAGGCAUGCAAUGAGUGUAUCUUUUUCUGUCUUGGUUUCUUCAUUUGUUUCUUUUGCUAAUGGUCCCUUAUUUCUAAGAAAAAAAUAUAAAUGAUUGAUCUCAUGGUGUACCUCUUUUUAGGGGAUUAAGAGUGAUGUGAGAACAAGCUCAGGCAUGUUUUUGAACCCUUCAGAGAGAAAGUAUCCAAUGGUACAGGCAAUUGAAAAGCGGAUUUCAGUCUUUUCCCAAGUGCCUGUAGAAAAUGGGGAGCUGAUACAAGUUUUAAGGUGGGGCUCUGACUUAAUUAUCUCUUCAGCAAAAUGUUGGGAAUGAAAAAAAUCUCUUUAAAUAAUUGUUUACAAAGAUGAAGACUGAUAUGCUUUAUUAUCAAGGCUAACAUCUAACGCAGCACAGGUAUGAACAGCAUCAGUUUUACAAGCCUCACCAUGAUUACUUUUCUGACACUUUCAACCUGAAACGUGGUGGUCAGCGAAUAGCAACAAUGCUUAUGUAUUUAAGUGAUGGUGUUGAAGGGGGAGAAACGUAUUUUCCUAUGGUAUUUAUUUUAUGAUACUUCUGCUUUAGUAUAUGAGACAAAUGGUAAUCUUCUGCUGCAUAUGGGGGGAUGGAUACUUUAAAUGGAAAAAUACAGGCAUUUUGCUCAAGAAAUUUCCCUAAGUUUAUUAUAUUGGGGUUAUUUUACUAUUUUGGUGUAAUUUUAGGAUUUACGAGUCCCUGAAUUAGUUACUUAUUUUUUAGGUUGCUAUCUAUAGCUUUUCUAUUUCUGCUAUGAUUAUCAUUGGGGUUAAUUAUGUCUUUUUGAAUAUCCUCCAUCAUACUAAUCAAGUCAUAAAAUUGCAUCAAAUUUACAAAAAAUGUUCCAAUGAAAAUGACGUCUUCUCAUUCUUUCUUAAACUGCAUCAUUUAUGUCUUUAUUAAUUCGUACUUCUGGAAAGUUUCAUGCUUAUCCUUUUGCUUUAUGAAACUUAGGCUGGUUCAGGUGAAUGUAGCUGCGGUGGCAAGACCAUGAAAGGGAUGUGUGUAAAACCAAUCAAAGGAGAUGCAGUGCUUUUUUGGAGCAUGGGACUAGAUGGACAGUCAGAUCCAAAUAGCAUACACGGAGGGUGUGAGGUAUUGUCUGGGGAGAAGUGGUCAGCAACAAAGUGGAUGAGGCAGAGACCUACUACCUGAUUUUAAUUUUUGCCUGUUUCGUUCAUGCAGUCUAAAACGCCUUCAAAUUCCACGAAAGUACUGUAGUGUAGUUGCAUGUAUUCCAGAUUCGAAAUAUCAAUUACAAAUCAUCUUAUACAGAGAUAGUGAUGUAUAGGUUGACGGUAAGCAUAUUUUGAACAUUUGAUCUAGUAACAAUGUUGUUCUUGCUUACCAGGCCUUCUCCGAGCUUCGAAGGCUAUAGACAUUGCUCUAGUAUGGACUUCCUGUAAACUUUCAUCCAAUUCCAUUUUUAA